UCUCAUCGCUCCCCCUUCUCAGAGUAGCGUAGCGAUAUAUUAGCCUAAUCCAUGGCGGUUUCACGAUAAAUAAUCAGAAAACCCUCAGUAAGAAAUCUCAGUCAUCUUACUGUAUAUUCUUCAAAUCUGUAUAUGUUACUUCAUUAAUGUCAUCAAUCUAUUUAAUCUCUUCUUAUAUUCCAGAACUUUCAUAUUCAGAUGACCAAGGUAACACGUUCUGGUCGCAUAAUGAAGGGCGUGAAUGAUGAAAGCAGCUCUAAGCAACUUGCUGAUAAAGGUGUAACAUCAGGAUCUCCAUCGACAGAUACAGUAUUAGCUUUAAGAAGGUCGCCUAGAGACACAACUCCGAAGAAGCAGAGUCCAGCAAGUACUCCAAGUACAAAGAAUUCAGAAAGAAUCGAGAAAAAUACUCCACAGACUACACCAAGUAAGAGGAAAUCUGAGCGACUGGAGAAACUAAAUAUGCCGAGCCCACUGAGAAGAUCUGAUAAAGAUGGCAGAAAUCAUUCAUUAAGUGUAUCAGGUUCAAAGAACUCGGAGAAUAGUUCGAGUUCCUUAGAAAACAGAAGUAAAGGGGAGCGAGAGAAACCUGAAGAAAAUACCACAGUGAAGUCCAAAGAUGUGAAGGGGAAUGCCAGUAAGAAAUUGAGUGCCGUUAAGUACAGGGCAUCCUUGCUCAAGACCCAGGGCAAGAAGGAUAAGAACUCAGAUAAGAAGCUUAAAGUGCUCAGUGAUUUGCCUCAAGGGGUUAGCGAGGAAAAAGGAGUUGGUUGUUCCAUGAAGGUUGAGCAUGGAGGUCAUCGCGGUGGAGUAAAGGUUGGGGAAGUGAGAGAAAAACUACCCUCAUGCUUGAACACUGUUGAGCUGUCUGGAUCUAAAAGGAUAAGGCUGGAAAUGAGUUCCAAUAGUGCCCCCCUGGAUGAUGGAGUGAUCUGUGCUUCUGCUGCUGACCCUGUCCUUAAGGCACCGAUAGUCACAAGUCCCCAGAACGGUGAGAUGUCAGAGAGUUGCAUCCGAACGGAUGGGUCUGAGAAAGAUAUUCAUGCUGCCCCUCGAAGAAGCAUUGAUAAUACAGAGACUGCAGAAGUUUGUGAGACGUUGCUUGAAGAUCAAAGAAAACCUGCACUUGAUCAAGUUGUUUUGCCUGCCAGAACCAAAAACUUAGUUCCUUCAGAACUAGAAGAGGACGGAAGGAACCUCAAAGCCAGGGUUUGCAGAGACCUAGCUGAAGAAUGCUGCACGGAUGUACAACUCAUGAGUGCUCCCAGGAUGACGUCAGUAGGAAGUGGUGAUAAUGUUUGUGUCAGCUGCAAGUUUGGUGGAACGCUCUUGUGUUGCGACGGUGAGGGUUGCAAAAAAAGCUACCAUCUCAAAUGUCUUGAUCCACCCCUAAAGAAUGUGCCAAUUGGUGUUUGGCAUUGUGUCUUCUGUGUUAAGAAGAAGGUGGACUCAGGUGUGCAUUCUCUAUCUGGAGGUGUGGGGUCCAUUUUGGAUGCCAGAGAAGUGGAGUUAGCUGAUUCUGAAGGAGUUCAGAAGCAAUAUUUGGUUAAGUAUAGAUGCCUUGCUCAUGUUCACAACCGUUGGGUUCCAGAGAGUCAGCUUCUUCUUGAAGCUCCAGUUCUUGUUGGAAAGUUCAAGAAGAACCAGGUUGUAAGAUGGAAACCAGAAUGGGCUGUGCCACAACGCCUUCUUCGGAAGAGAUUGUUAAUGUCACCAAAGCAGCGGGCUGAGUAUCUUGGGGAUAGUCAUAGUGACAUCUUAUGCCACUUUGAGUGGUUUGUGAAAUGGAGUGGUCUUGGUUAUGAUGAUGCCACUUGGGAGUUGGAGAAUGAACCAUUUUUGAGGUCAGCCGAAGCUUUGAAGCUUAUAAAGGAUUAUGAAUGUCGCCUUGAGAAGGCAAAAAUGGCAUCUGACCCUACUAGGGCAGAAAAGGUAUUGCAGGAAAGGAGAGGUUCCUUCUUUAAAUUGUUGGAGUUGCCAGGGGAGUGUGAACUUGGACUUGAUACUGACCAUCUAUGUUCUGUGAACAAACUUCGUGAGUAUUGGCACAAGGGACAAAAUGCUGUUUUUAUGGAGGAUCAGGAGCGAGUUACUAGGGUGAUCUUAUUCAUCCUAUCCCUGCAGCCUGUUGUAUGCCGGCCAUUUCUUAUUGUGUCCACUACCUCUGCCCUUUCUGCAUGGGAAGCUGAAUUCCUGCGCUUGGCACCGUCUCUCGAUGUUAUUGUUUACAGUGGAAGCAGAGAUGCUCGGAAGAGCAUACAAAUGCUGGAGUUUUAUGAGGAGGGUCGUUCUGUAAUGUUUCAAGUACUUCUGUCAUCUCUAGAUACCAUUGUUGAGGAUAUAGAAUCACUAAAUUGUGUCAGUUGGGAAGCAAUCAUAGUUGAUGAGUGUCAACUUUCCAAAGUGUCAAAAUCUUUAGAGAAUAUUAAGUUGCUAACCACUUACUUUAAGCUUCUUCUUGUCAAUGGCCCAAUGAAGGAUAGCUUGGUUGAUUACCGCCAUUUGCUGUCUUUCCUUGGUUAUGGAGAUGAUGAGGAAGGUAUUAGUCAUUGUAAGAAUGACUCUAGCGAUAGUAUUGAGAAACUGAAGGAAAGGCUUGCAUGGUUCGUUGCAUCUGAACGUAAAUCAGACUCAUCUAAGUUUGUCGAAUACUGGGUUCCUGUCAAGCUUUCCAGUGUGCAGCUUGAGCAGUAUUGUUAUACGCUACUCUCUAAUUCAGCAUUCCUUCGUUCAUGUUCAAAAAGCUUUGACACUGUUGAGCUCCUUCGUAAUGUUCUUAUUUCUACCAGGAAGUGUUGCGACCAUCCAUAUCUUGUGGAUCCUACUUUGCAGAAAAUGCUUACGAAUGGUCUACCAGUGACCGAGUAUUUGAAUGUUGGAGUAAAAGCUAGUGGCAAGCUACAAGUACUUGAUAAAAUUCUUUCGGAGAUUAAAAAGCAAGGCUUAAGAGUACUAAUCCUUUUUCAGUCAAUUGUUGGCUCUGGCGGAAUCUCUUUGGGGGACUUCUUGGAUGAUGUUGUGCGUCAGAGAUUUGGUGAAGACUCCUAUGAACGUGUUGAUGGUGGGUUGGCCACAUCAAAGAAGCAAGCAGCCAUGAACAAGUUUAAUGAUAAGGAGAAAGGAAGGAUUGUGUUUUUACUUGAGCGUCGUGCUUGCAACCCAAGCAUUAAGCUGUCAUCAGUUGAUAUUGUGAUUCUGUAUGAUAGUGACUGGAACCCGUAUAAUGAUUUGAAAGUUCUACAGAGGAUCACAAUUGACUCACGACAUGAGCAGUUAAAACUGUUCCGUUUGUAUUCGUCGUCUACCUUGGAAGAAAAGGCUCUAAUUCAUGCUAUGCAAGGGAUGACCUUUGAUAGCAAUUUACAGAAUUUAAAUAAUUCUACAAUUCAUAUGUUGCUCAGAUGGGGUGCUUCUCGUCUAUUCAAAGAGUUGAAAGAGUUCCAUGAUUCUUCCCCAUCUUCUGGUUCAAUCAUUUCGUCUGAUCAAGAUGCUGAUGGCGUCUUGAAUCUAGUGAAGGAAUUAUUGGGUUCGCUACCUCAAGCUGCUGGUGGCACAAGUACAAAUAAUUCUUCAAUUGUUGUAAAGGUUAAACAAACUGGGGGGAUAUACUCUAGAGAUACUUGUUUACCUGAUGAGCUGGAAAUGCAGUCAACUGAAGCAGACCUGCCUCACGUCUUCUGGUCAAAACUACUUGAAAGGGAGACCCCUGAGUGGAGAUAUUUGUCGGCUGCAUCCACAUCCCAGAGGUCCCGCAAACGAGUUCAAUAUUUUGAUGGCUCACCAAAAAGGACAAUCCCUGACAAUGAUGAUGUUACAAAGAAGAGGAGGAAACUUGUUAACGGUACCGCUGAUGCGGCCACUCACAGAGCUCUGGUAGAAGAUAAAAGAAAAAUAGGUGGUGCGAACAAGGAAGGAGCGUCUGGAACUCCAGCUGGUAAUGGGUCUCAUUUUCUGGCAAGUCCCACAGUUUCAACUGAUGCUGCCCGUUUUCGCAAUGUUAAUGAAAUCUCAAAUGUACCUGCAUGUUGUAUGAGUGAACCUGAGAAAAGGAGCAAGUCCCUUAAUGCACCCAAAGAUCUUCACAUCUUCUCGAAGCCAGAUAUUUCAGAACUUUGCAAUAUUCUACUAUUUCCGGAGAAUGUCAGCAAGAUGGCUGGAAGGUUUCUUGAAUAUAUUAUUGAUAAUAAUCGAGUCAAUCAGGAGCGAGUGACUCUUAUACAGGCUUUCGAGAUAUCUGUGUGUUGGAUAGCAGCUUCUUUGCUGAAACAUAAGCUAGAUCGGAAGGAAACACUUAAACUUGCAAAGCAGCAUUUGAAUUUUGAGUGUACGGAAGAAGAGGUUUUGGCUAUCUAUGAUAUGCUGCGGAAAAAGAAGAAAUCGUUUUUACGUCAAACAGAAAAUGUUAACCAGUCUACAGACGAACCUGCACGAGUUACAGAUAAUGUGAAACCCCAUAUGCAUGCAAGGGCUCAAUCAGAAAUGCCUGGUCAGCAAGAUCUGGAAGGAGGAGCGAUCAGAGGAACUCCUCAAAGUCAACAUAGUUCCAAUGAAUUUGUCCCCAUCAAACAACUGGCAACCGACUCCGAAGAAGCUAAUGGAUCACCAAACAACGAAAUCUCUAAGAGCAUUUCUCUGGUUAGAAAGAUUCACAUGGAGAGGUGGCUAAAGCUCGCGGCUUACCAGACUAAGGAAAGUAAAGAGUUCGAGGAAGAAAGAGUUAAAAUUGAAAAGGAACAAAUAGCAACAUUAGAUAAAGUGCACAAAUUUGAGUCGGCUCUUAUUCGUCGUCUGCAUCAUCAAAAUUCAGUUAGAUUAGAGAAACUGAAGAAAGUAGAUCAGGAUUUUAACAGCAAAAAAGAUGCUAUCAAGAAUCAUAUGGACGCGGAACUAAAGAAACUUGAGUCAUUACAUCUGGCAGCCAAGAAUGAAGAGACAAGGUUGAAGCAUUACUGGUUGCGAGAAGCAAAAUCUGGAAGGUCUGUGGAUUCAUUUUUGGCUCUGCCGCAGUCGUUGGAUUCUAGAUUCAAGCUGGUAACCGUGCAACUUAAUGAACAAGGUCCUUCAAAAGAACCAAUCACUGGUAGAGAUAGCUCACCCAGACUCAACGACUUGGGAGUCACUGGGCCUUCUGGAACUGUUCGAGGUGAAUCAAUGGUAGACUGUAUCACACCCACUGAAAGACCAGAUGAUUUUGUGAAGUCAACCUUGCAGUCCACUGAUCCCCUCCAAAGUGUGCAAUCUAAUGAUGACACUUCGGUUACGCAACCUAAUGUGCAAUUCCAGCUGGAGGAUUUGGAGUGCUGUGAGCAAGGUCCUUCAGAGGAACCAGUUGAUAGAACUGGCUCACUUAAAGAUAGUGCGAUGGGAGAUGUUGGGCCAUCUGAAAUUGUUCGAGGUCAUGAACCAGUAACAGAGGUCACCAUACCCACCCUCCCAUGUGACCCAUCUAAUGAUGAUAGCUCAGUUACCGACAGAAUUGGUUCACUUAGACUUACUGAGAUGGGAGUUGCUCAGUCUCCUGGAACUGUUCGAGGUCAUGAACCAGUAGUAGUGGACUCCAUAACCACUGAUCCACUUCCCUGUGAUCGAUCUGAAGAUGCCACCACAGCUUUUCUACGUGAUAUGCAAUUUCCUAUUGAAGGUUCAGAGAUUAGUGGUCAAGGUCCUUCAAAAGAACCGGAUGUUGCAAGAACCGGCUCACUUGGACCUAGUGAGGUGAGAGUUUCUGAGGUUCCCGAAACUAUUAGUGGUUAUGAACAGGUAGUAGAGGGAACAUUACCUGCAGAGCAAUUUCCAAUGACUGCACCAGUUAACCCACCUUCUGCUAUGCAAUCGGAGUUGCCUGCAGCCACUGUUUCACCUUCUGAUCUUCUGGAGCGUAACCAGUCAUAUAAUGACAAUUCAGUUUUUUCACAUGCUGGGCCACUUCAAACGGCUGCACCAGCAAAUCCACCCGGAGAUCCCAUCUUGGCCAACUCUUCCAGUCAUGACACUUCAGUUCUUCCGCCUGCUUUGCAAUUGGAGCUGCCUACACUCGUGGAAACACUGCCGUCUGAACAGUCUAGAGUUCCAACAGAUCCCCCAGUUGGAAGUGGCACACGUGUAUCAGAUACUAGAAGCAUGACUUCUUCCCGGACAUCUCAGUCUCCGCUGCCUCAGGACCCUCUUUGUUAUGAACUGGCAAGAAUUCGUAAAGAGGAGGAACAAGUUGUGAAGAUCCACAAAGAAUUGAAAGUGCGGAUCAAUUCUGAUUAUGAGAAGGAGAUGGAAGAGAUUCAUCGAAAGUACAACAAGUUAAAUCACGAUGCUGAUACUGCAUUAGCUCAGAAGAAGAAAUCAAUUGACACAAAUAUUAGUAAAAUUUUGAUGAAUAGGAUGUUAGCCGAGGUGUUUAGGUUCAAAUGUAGUGAAACUACUAGGGCUGCUGGGCCACUAGGAUCACAGCCAGGAGGACACCAGGGACCGUUACAGAACCACCAAUUAUUCCACUCUUCUCAACAAAAUUCCCAGAGAUCUCCGAUGCCCCCUUCAUCUGCAACAACUGCAACCCCAUGUACAACUAUCCAAUCACCUGUGCAGGUGGCUCGCCAAUCAUCAGCUACUUUCUCGAGCAAUAACAUGCCAAUCAGACCUCACUUCAGCACAGGAGGGGCUUUAACAAGUGUAAGCAAUCAAGUAGGAUGCAGACAGUCACAUGCCCCUCACCUGCAACCAUUCAGACCUUCAACAUCGAUGUCAGCAUCGCCCAGUCUGCAACCACCCCAUAACAGCUCAACGUUGCCUGUACAUCUUGCUAAUCUUCCUGGUGGCAGUUCUUCGGGUCUGCAGGUCACGGGUCUCCCGGUUAACUAUGGUGCAGGGUUUAAUAGCAGCACCUAUCCAUCAGAAAGUGCAGGAACACAUAAUAAUUCAUCCUUAGUGAUUGAUACUAUGAUGAAUGACUUCGACAACUUCGGCCUGUGUGGUGGCGGCGGCAGUAUUAACCCUCAAAACCUAUUACCUCCCAUUCAAAGCAUUGACCAAUCUGACAUGUUUGGUAGUCUAAAUUCUAGUGAUCUAUGGGGUCCUGCAACAGCAGCAGCCCAAGGAGAAGUUGUUUGCCUAUCUGACGAUGAGUGAUCUAUACCCUUGUAAGUGAACGAUAUACUAACCCGAGGGAAGGAGGAAUAGAGGGUCCUGUUUGUAGUGUAAAUAUUAAAAGUUGUCCCUUUUUUUCAUCCUUCUUGACAGAUUACCUUUCUAAUCAAAAUGGUGGAUUCUUUAUGCAUUGUUCUAUGUACGUUGUAGACGUGUGUAUCGAUAUCUAACUACUGUAUCAGUGAAACAAGAAAUGAUCUACAUGUAUUCGCCAGUUUCUCC